AUGGCAUCUCCAAAACUUUUCCUCGUUACACUCUUCUUGUCUCUGCAAACACUCUUCAUUGCCUCUCAAACACUUCUUCCUUCAUUAAACUCUUCCUCAAGUAUCUGCAAAACGACGCCGGAUCCCAAAUUCUGCAAAUCAGUGUUCCCACAAACAUCUCAAGGCGACGUUCGCGAGUAUGGCCGUUUCUCCCUCCGCAAAUCGUUAACGCAGUCGCGAAAAUUCACACGCACGAUCGACAAAUACCUCAAACGCAACAAUGGCCUAUUAUCCCAAUCCGCCGUUAGAGCACUCCAAGACUGCCGUGACCUUGCAAGCCUCACUACAGACUAUCUUACAACUUCGUUUGAGACCGUUAACGUCACCACAUCGUCCAAAAUGCUGUCGUUUUCCAAAGCCGACGAUAUUCAAACGCUUCUCUCCGCGGCGUUGACUAACGAGCAAACGUGUCUUGACGGAGUCAACACCGCCGCUUCCUCUUCGUGGACCAUACGAAACGGCGUCGCAUUGCCUCUUAUUAACGACACGAAGCUUUUUAGCGUUUCGCUAGCUUUAUUUACUAAAGGGUGGGUCCCAAAGAGGAAGAAACAAACCGGGUACUCUUGGGCCCACCCGAAGAACUCUCACUCGCAUACAAAGCCGUUCCGUCAUUUUCACAACGGAGCUCUGCCAUUAAAGAUGACGGAACGGACACGCGCCGUUUACGAGUCUUUAAGCCGGAGGAAUCUCGCCGACGACAAUGACGGAAACACGGUGCUAGUGAGUGACAUUGUAACGGUGAACCAAAACGGAACGGGGAAUUUCACGACUAUAACGGAAGCCGUUUCGGCAGCGCCGAACAAAACCGACGGUACCGCCGGUUAUUUCGUUAUCUACGUGACGUCAGGUGUUUAUGAGGAAAACGUAGUGAUUGCGAAAAGCAAAAGGUAUCUUAUGAUGAUCGGCGACGGAAUCAACCGUACGAUUAUUACCGGUAACAGGAGCGUCGUAGACGGUUGGACCACUUUCAACUCCGCCACUUUUGCCGUAACAUCGCCGAACUUCGUCGCCGUAAAUAUAACUUUCCGAAAUACUGCCGGACCAGAGAAGCACCAGGCGGUGGCGUUGAGGAGCAGCGCCGAUCUCUCGAUCUUCUAUAGUUGCAGUUUCGAAGCUUAUCAAGACACUUUAUACACACAUUCCCUAAGACAAUUCUACAGAGAAUGCGAUAUUUAUGGAACAAUCGAUUUCAUAUUUGGAAACGCAGCUGUUGUGUUACAAAACUGUAAUCUGUAUCCGAGACAACCGCUGCAGAACCAGUUUAACGCAAUUACGGCUCAAGGUCGUACCGACCCUAACCAAAAUACCGGAACUUCGAUCCAAAAUUGUACGAUUAGACCAGCGGAUGAUUUGGUUUCGAGCAACUAUACAGUUAAAACGUAUUUGGGCCGGCCGUGGAAGGAGUAUUCACGUACGGUUUUCAUGCAAUCGUACAUGGAUGGUUUCGUUGAACCGGUUGGUUGGAGAGAGUGGAACGGAGAUUUCGCACUGAGUACGUUGUACUAUGCUGAGCAUAACAACACCGGAUCCGGUUCAAAUACCACGAACCGGGUGGUAUGGCCUGGUUAUCACGUGAUCAAUUCUACGGACGCGAAUAAUUUUACUGUUUCGAAUUUCUUAUUUGGAGAUGAGUGGAUGGUUCAGAGUGGUGUGCCUUAUAUGGCCGGUUUAAUUUCGUAA